AUGGCUUACCAGAAACCGGCCCCUCACACUCCCAGAGAGAGCCUGCCUGAGAUCAAGGCACGACCAUGGCUACACCCGGGCAGCAGAACACUCUGGAGAAGCUCUGGAAAAGGGGCGAAGGAAGGUGACCAUCAGCAGAGAGAAUCAAAAUACAAGCCCCUCUAUCAAAACCCUGUGAUGAACCGGCUGAAGGCGCCAGAGCAGCAGCCCCGGGCCCUCCCGGUGGGUGCUGGGCUUUCCACUGCCACCCUGCUCUCCUCGGCCCUGCUAGGUGCUGCCUCGCUUUCCACCCAGCGCGAUUACAGCUUCGCCUUCUGGCAAGAGAUCCCGGAGGUGAAAAGCAGAGGGCUGCUGGACGGCCUCCCGUCGCAGCAGCGCCGCCUACAGGAGGCCAUGUUUGAGGUGAUCACUUCCGAGGCCUCCUACCUGCGCAGCCUCCGGGUGGCUGUCUUCCACUUCCAGCUGUCUCCCGCCUUGCGUGGGGCUGUCAUGGGGGCCCAACUGGAGCAGCUCUUUUCCAAUCUCUCGCAAGUCAAGGACACCAGUGAGAGGUUUCUGCUGCAGCUGGAGGAUCAUCUGGAUCAGGACGUCUUCUUGCCGGGUCUCGGGGAAGUGGUCCUGAAAAACUGCCCUGCUUUCCACCGGGCUUACGUUCCCUACGUCACCAACCAGAUGUAUCAGGAGCAGCUCAUGCAACGGCUGAUGAAGGGGAGCAGCCGCUUCCUGCAGGUCCUGCGCACGCUGGAGGAGCAUCCCAUCUGCCAGAGGCAGCCCUUGAAAGCCUUCCUGGUGUUGCCUUUCCAGAGGAUCACACGGCUCAAAAUCCUACUGCAGCAGCCUUCAGGAAAACCUUGCUGCCCACAGAAGAAUUUCCUGAAGGUCUCUGAUAACGAAAAGGAGGCCGGGAACAACGCACACAAGUGA